GUAGUAAUAUUGAAUACCUUCCUCAAACAUUUCUCUUCAAAAUUCUCCUCUAUUUUGUCCCAUUUCUUUGUCAUAAUUCAAUUGUUUCGCUCUCAAAUUUAAUCCAAAACAGUUCAAUCAAACCAAAAAUAAAAAUAAAUAAAACCAGUCAUGAUAGCAGGUAAAGCAGCCUCCUCGAAUAAAUCUCUUUCUCCAUUUCUUCUCAGAAGAUUUUCUUCUACAUUUUCUCUCUCUUCAUCUUCAUCUUCAUCUUCAUCUCAUUCUACUGUUGCCUCCGCUUCCCGAUAUCAAUUGGUGUCGGGUCACCGUCUAUCGCGUCUUCGGUCUCUUACUUCCGGGCCUUCCUGGUUGAGUCUCGGUUCUGAUUUGCGAUCUCGGGUUUCCGUUCGUUCUCAGAUCGCGACUUCUUCUUCUCCCACUCUUGUCGAACGUUUUCAUCGCCAAAUCGCUACUAUGGCUUCUGAACAUCCUUACAAGGGAAUCUUCACAAGCUUACCUAAGCCUGGCGGUGGCGAAUUCGGAAAGUUCUACAGUUUGCCCGCUUUGAAUGAUCCAAGGAUUGACAAGCUGCCUUACUCAAUUCGGAUUCUUUUGGAAUCGGCCAUUCGAAACUGUGAUGGAUUCCAAGUGACUAAAGAUGAUGUUGAGAAGAUUAUCGACUGGGAAAACUCAGCACCUAAACUUGUUGAAAUUCCAUUUAAGCCUGCCCGUGUUCUUUUACAGGAUUUUACUGGAGUACCGGCUGUGGUUGAUUUGGCUGCUAUGAGGGAUGCCAUGAAAAACCUCAACAAUGACCCUAACAAAAUUAAUCCAUUGGUUCCUGUGGACCUUGUCAUUGAUCAUUCUGUUCAAGUUGAUGUUGCGAGGUCUGAGAAUGCCGUUCAAGCAAAUAUGGAACUUGAGUUUAAGAGGAACGGGGAGAGAUUUGGUUUUCUUAAAUGGGGAUCGACAGCUUUCCGUAACAUGCUUGUUGUUCCACCUGGCUCUGGUAUUGUACACCAGGUUAAUCUAGAGUAUCUUGGCCGGGUAGUUUUUAACACUUCUGGAGUUCUAUAUCCAGAUAGUGUAGUUGGUACUGAUUCACACACAACAAUGAUUGAUGGUCUUGGGGUUGCUGGUUGGGGAGUUGGAGGAAUAGAAGCUGAGGCAACUAUGCUUGGUCAGCCCAUGAGUAUGGUUUUGCCUGGUGUUGUUGGAUUCAAGAUGACUGGAAAAUUACGUGAUGGUGUCACAGCAACAGACUUGGUGCUGACAGCCACACAAAUGUUAAGGAAGCAUGGUGUUGUUGGCAAGUUUGUUGAGUUUCAUGGUGAGGGAGUUGGUCAGUUAUCACUUGCUGACAGAGCUACUAUUGCAAAUAUGUCUCCUGAAUAUGGAGCAACUAUGGGUUUCUUCCCUGUGGAUCAUGUAACCUUGGAUUACUUAAAGUUGACCGGAAGAAGUGAUGAAACAGUUUCCAUGAUUGAGCAAUAUUUACGCGCAAACAAAAUGUUUGUUGACUACAGUGAGCCUCAACAAGAACGAGUGUACACAUCAUACUUGGAGUUGGAUUUAGCAGAUGUUGAGCCUUGCAUAUCAGGACCGAAAAGGCCACAUGACCGCGUUCCCCUGAAGGAUAUGAAGGCUGAUUGGCAUUCAUGCCUUGAUAACAAAGUUGGUUUUAAGGGUUUUGCUAUUCCAAAAGAAGAGCAGGAUAAGGUUGCUAAAUUUUCAUUCAAUGGCCAGCCUGCUGAAUUGAAGCAUGGUAGUGUUGUCAUAGCAGCUAUAACGAGUUGCACAAACACAUCAAACCCUAGUGUUAUGUUGGGUGCUGCUUUGGUUGCAAAGAAAGCAUGUGAGCUGGGUCUGGAGGUCAAGCCCUGGGUUAAAACUAGUUUGGCUCCUGGCUCUGGUGUAGUUACAAAAUAUCUACAAAAGAGUGGUCUGCAGAAGUACUUUGAUCAACAGGGCUUCAACAUUGUUGGUUAUGGUUGCACAACUUGUAUUGGAAACUCCGGUGAUCUAGAUGAAUCUGUUUCUGCAGCUAUUUCUGAGAAUGAUAUUGUAGCGGCAGCUGUACUUUCUGGUAACCGUAAUUUUGAAGGGCGUGUGCAUCCUUUGACACGAGCUAACUAUCUUGCCUCUCCUCCAUUGGUUGUUGCAUAUGCACUGGCUGGCACAGUUGACAUUGACUUUGAGAAAGAGCCUAUUGGUAUUGGUAAGGAUGGCAAAAGUGUGUUCUUCAGAGAUAUCUGGCCUAGCAAUGAAGAGAUAGCUGAGGUUGUCCAAUCAAGUGUGUUACCAGACAUGUUCAAGAGUACUUACGAGGCUAUUACCAAGGGUAAUCCCAUGUGGAACUCUCUUGAAGUUCCUGCUGGUACACUUUAUCAAUGGGAUCCAACAUCAACAUACAUUCACGAACCCCCAUAUUUUAAAAACAUGAGUUUGAAUCCACCUGGUCCUUUUGGAGUCAAGGAUGCCUACUGCCUUCUCAACUUUGGCGACAGUAUCACUACUGACCACAUCUCUCCUGCUGGAAGUAUUCACAAGGACAGCCCUGCAGCCAAGUACCUCAUGCAACGUGGGGUUGAUCGCAAGGACUUUAACUCAUAUGGUAGCCGCAGGGGUAAUGAUGAAGUGAUGGCUAGAGGUACCUUUGCAAAUAUCCGCAUCGUCAACAAGCUUCUGAAUGGAGAAGUUGGUCCAAAGACAGUACACAUCCCAACUGGGGAGAAAUUAUAUGUUUUUGACGCUGCAAUGAAGUACAAGGAGGCGGGUCAUCAGACAAUUGUCGUGGCUGGUGCUGAAUAUGGAAGUGGUAGUUCUAGGGAUUGGGCUGCGAAGGGUCCAAUGCUACAGGGUGUGAAAGCUGUGAUUGCUAAGAGUUUCGAGCGGAUCCAUCGUAGUAACCUUGUAGGCAUGGGAGUCAUCCCUCUUUGCUUCAAGGCUAGUGAGGAUGCAGACACUUUGGGAUUGACUGGCCACGAGCGAUACACAAUCAAUCUUCCCUCAUCAGUUAGUGAGAUCAGACCAGGACAAGAUGUCACUGUAACCACCGACAAUGGAAAGUCCUUUACCUGCACACUCCGCUUUGACACUGAGGUGGAGCUUGCUUACUUUGACCAUGGCGGUAUCCUUCCAUAUGUCAUCCGCCAGUUGAUGAAGCAAUAAUUUGUGUAGUUCCGAGUAUUUAUUCCUUCUUACUCAUAAUUUCCAUUGAGAUUAUAUGUGACACUAGCUUUGAAGUAGCGAAUAUUCAGAAAGGACUACAAGUUUUCUUUUGUGAAGUCCAAGCAAGUGCACCAAAUAAAGAGAUCAGGUUUGUAACAUUUAAAGUUAAACAGUCCGUUUAUCCCUUGAAAAGUUGAAGGACAUUAGAGAUAUUUGGUUACUUUCUUGUUAAAUAUGUUUUGUUAAUAAAUUUUCUGUUUCUCUAGAA